UAGGAUACGCGAUAUAGGUGCAGUACUUUUCGGCAUAAUCGGAUCCUUAGCGACGUAAAACAUGCUCGUAUGGUCGUAACUACAGAAGAAGCCGCAUGCUUUAACGCUACCGCAGUGGGGUGCACGCAUUGCUACUAUGGCAACGAGCUCCACCUAAGACCACCUUCUUUUGCGGUAGUGCGUCCAUCGGCAGAUCGGUGUUUUUAUUCCUUUGUGAGCAGUGUAAUGUUCUUUAUUUAGGUGAUGUAAUUGUAGUACUCCAGUUUUAAGUAGUAAUUAAUAUCAAACCAUUCAUGUGCAUGUACAUAUGUAUCCAUCACAUGCAUCGAACUUCGUGAAUUCAUCAAGGCACAGUUUGCUUUUGGCGGCACUCAACCAAAUAUAUUAAUGGCUGAUGCCGACGCGGGACCUUCACGGAAGCGCUUCAGAGGGUCAACUUCGGUGCACCCACGCACUUUAUCGCCGGUAGCGGAGAUCCGCGUCGCUUUCCGCGUCCCGGCAAGCGAGUUUCGUAUGCGAUGCACAGAAGAGAAUUCCGGAUCAAACGGGACAGCGCCCGUUGCCAAAGUGUGGAUCUACGAAGCCGAAGUCAAGGUUCCGAAGUCGUCGGAACAUCCGGGAAUUGCGUCAGGGACGUGGGUAUUCGCCAUAAAGCGGUCCUUGCUGCUGAAUGGUACGCUGCUCAGAGAGAAAAAAGUCCAUGCAUCACUCCGGCCAACCGAUUUAUUACGUGGCCAAGGAAAUCCAGUUGGAUUUUGUACCACACUGGAUUUCAUUCUUGGAUUACGUUUUCCUUCUGAGCAAUCCUACUUUAUUUGGCCAGCUCAAAACGGUGUUUUCAACAAUAACCAGUUUAUCUCAAAGCCGCUGCGCUUGACCUUUCCCUAUGAUCAUGAGUCGCCUUUUUGCGACGACAACUCAUUGACUGUAGGUACAACAUGGUCGGUGGACUUUCUCUUUUAUACUAAUCCACUUAUUCAACGUCCUGGCGCCACACUGACCGGUCUCGCUAGCAAACUGGAUAGUAUGCGCAAAUCGGCAGCGUUUUCGGAUUGUGCUUUGGUAUCGGCUGACGGCCAGACGUUCCCGGCGCACCGCGUGGUACUGGCCGCGCAGUCACCGGUGUUCGCUGCCAUGUUCGAGCAUAACAUGCUGGAAAAAGAGACCGGCGUUUGUCGGAUCACCGAUAUUCAGUCGGCCGUUUUGGAGGUCAUACUGGAUUUCCUGUACUGCCGCACAGUGUCGGAUGCGCUAAAGAAUGACGCCGAAACGAUCCUGGCUGCGGCGCAUAGAUAUAAUAUAGAUGAUCUGCAAAAUGUCUGCGAGGAUGCUUUGAUUGGCAACUUAAAUAAAGAAAACGCGGUGAAGUAUCUGGGUAUGGCGAUGCAGUUCGGCUUGGACAGUCUCAUGAAAAAGGCCGCCAGAAUGGUUGCCGACUGACGGCCUGGGUUCCCAUAGUUACGCAUAGGUACAUUAUCAGCGUGCGUUUUGUUACAUUAAAUAGAAGAUCUUUGUGUUUGGGUUAAUUGGGUACGAACGCGGUUCUUGCGUUUUCUUCUGCCGCUCAGAUAUACGAUAAUUCAUGCAUGCUGCAAUUAAAGAUAAUGUUUCCCGGAAAAAGUUUGCAAAGGGUGUGUUUUUUCGCACACGGAAAAAGUUGCCGAUUAUUGAUCACAAUCCCGGAACUUAUAAAUCAUAUGACAAAAAGGAAGAUAGCUUUAUAUUACGAACGUCAUAUGAUAUAGACACACCAGGAAGAUAACCUAGGUAGCAUCCGGCACACUUGUGCGGGAACUGUUGUAGCGUUAAAGUUGCCCAGCCACUACGGUAAUGCUGUUCUACGGUAGCGCUGUUCUGUACGGUAAUCUGCGGUAUGCUGCUCUCCUUGUGUACUGUAGCUGUCUGUGAACCUGCCGACAUAGUAAUAAAUUACAAGUAUCUACUCUACUGCAGUAUGUAGGUAACAAGCACACGUGAAUGCGAUAACAGUAUAC